AUGGAUCUUUCUUCAGAUCCCACUGAGCGCAAGGGCUCCGUACAUCAUGACACUCAUGCCACACCACCAAACUUCAUCCAAAAAGAGCAUUGGCGGUAUCAGAGCAUGCGAAAAGCUGAUCUCGAGACCGAUCCAAAUGUGUAUGAUCUGAACCAGCGUCAGGACUUUACCGAAGCACAAAAAGACAUCUGGAAGCUCGCUGGUAGUAUCCCCGCAUCACAGAUUGAAACAGCAUGCCAAGCGUAUGCGGGCGGGAAACCGCUCUCCGUGCCAGCAAAAGAUGUGCCAAUAUUCGAGCACCGGGACUUUCCUGGGCUGCAAGUACUUUCUGGUCUACUGCCUCCAGAAACCCAGGUUCUAUUCACGUCAUGUCUAAUGCAUCGGGACCUGGCGGACCCAGCCCAUAAGAUCAAUCUUCAGGCGGAUUAUGAGAUUCCGUACCCAGCGAAAUCUACGCCAAAGUGCCAGCGCUUCGAUAGCACUUUCUUCACUCGUGAGCGAGCGGCGAUAGAAGAUCACUUGAUACCAAAGGUGCCCGAGAAAUUGAAGCCUUUGAACAGUGAGCAAUUCUUGCAUACCAAACUCCGCUGGUUGACUCUCGGCGAACAAUAUGACUGGCCGACCCGCAGCUACGCAAAGCAUGCGACGCCGUUUCCUGAAGAUCUGUCCACCCUGGUCACAGGCCUCUUCCCGCACAUUCAUCCCGAGUCUGGAGUUGUACUUAUGUAUUCUGCCAAGGACUUUAUGCCUGUGCAUCGCGACGUGAGCGAACAGUGCCAGCGAUCUCUCGCGAGCUUCAGCGUCGGCUGCGACGGCAUCUUCAUUAUGGCUCGAGGAGACGAUGAUGGAGAAGGCGACAAUGCGCCCAGGACUGUUGCGAUUAGAGUCCACAGCGGUGACUGUGUGCACUUGUCUCGCGACGCACGAUGGGCAUGGCACGCAAUGGCGCGCACAAUCCCCAGCACCUGCCCGCCACAUCUAGCGAGUUGGCCAGUUGGCACACCUGGGGCGACGCGAGAGGAAGAGAGGGCGUACAAGAAGUGGAAGGGAUACAUGGGUACCAAACGCAUCAACGUCAGUUGUCGGCAAGUCUGGGACUAGCUAGGGUCAAAUGCAACAAGCUGUUAAGAGAAGGUAGAUGCCAUUCUUUGUAUGAAAUGGCCAGGACUUGGAGAUGGCAAAAGCUGUUUGUGGGUGAGAUUUGUCGAUUGAUAGAGAAGUAGCUACAAAGCAGAGAGCAAAAAGACAGGCGAAUGAGACUCUGAGAGAACC